AUGGUAAAUAAACAAUACGCAGUCCUAUCAAACUAUCGUCUAGCUGUUAACAGAUUAUUAAUAUGCAUGUUAGCAGUGUUUCUUCGUAUUCUCGCAUACAUUUAUUGCAUCGAUUUUCUGAAAAAGCGUCCAGAAUUAAGUGUACCACAAAAUUCAUUUCGAAGACUCAUUGAUGGCGUAUAUAUGCUUAGAGAUGGCGUUUCUCCGUAUGAUGGUGAUAUGAUACAUUGUCAACCGAUACUGCUGUAUUUAUUCACCGCAGUAAUUGAUCACCCCAAUCUAUUAUUGAUAAUAUUCUUGUCCUUUGAUGUAGUAACGAGUGAGAUUUUACGCAUGAUAGCAAUAGUUUAUUUGAAAAAUCAUGGAAGUAGUGUAGAAAAUAUCGAACGAAUUGCUAAUUUGGUUUCGAAAUGUUAUAUGCUUAAUCCUAUUGCUGUUGCUAGCUGUGCUAUUUUUAGUCUAUCAGUUGUUUGUAAUCUUAUUACAGCUCUUUUUAUUUUGGCAUUUGUAAAAGGUUCUGUAUUGUUUAGCUCGAUAUUAUUUAGUGUACUUGUGCAAUUAUCACUCUAUCCAGCUAUUUACAUAUGUGCUUUAUUGGUGAAAUUCUCAGCAUUAAAAGAACGUAUAAUGAUAAUUGCAUUUUCAAUUAUUACAGUUACUGCUUUGUUGUUUUUUAAUUAUUUUCUGAAUGGAAAUAAUUGGAAUUACAUUGAUUCAACAUAUAAAUUUUUAUUGGAUGUUCGUGAUUUGACACCAAAUGUUGGCAUAUUUUGGUAUUUUUUCAUUGAAGUUUUCAACCAUUUUCGACGUUUUUUUCUUUGGGUAUUUCAAAUCAAUAUCCUUGUUUAUCUUGUACCUCUGUCAUUGACAUUAAGAUCCAAUGCUUUUCUACUUCUACAGCAGCUAAUGAUUCUCAUUUCCGUCUUCACAUCGUAUCCAUCCAUGGCUGAUUGUUUGAUUUAUUUAAGUUUAUUACCUCUUUUCGAAAAUUUAAAAAAAUAUUUCCGUUGGGGAUUGAUUUCCGGUGGUGCACUGUUAGUAACAAUCGUUCUGGCACCAGUGAUGUGGCAAAUGUGGAUUGUUACUGGUUCAGGAAAUGCAAAUUUCUAUUUUGCUGCUACUUUAAUUUAUUCUGUUGCCCAGAUUUUUUUGCUUACCGAUCUUCUAUAUGGUUAUUUGCGCUUGAAACUUGUCGAGAGAAGAGGUAUAACUGAUGAAAGCAAAAUAGCAGUUCUUAUGUUCAAGUAA